AUGUUUGCUCCAAACAAAAUAUUCUUAUUAUUAUUAUUAUUAUUAUUAUUAUUAUUAUGUAUCCACAUUUCGGCGAGUGCUGUUGGUGGGCCACGGAGACGCCCAACACUUGAUUCAAAAACAUUACUCACAAAACUAAUAUACUUCCAUUCCGCAACCUCUCAACACUACGACCCCACUAAGACCAUCAAGGAAAUCUCGGAGUACGACUUGAACACCUCGAUAUCCCGCGGGCUCUACCUGAUGAAUGUGAGCCUGGAUAUCGAGUCCCAGAUUUAUCCAGGGGAGCUGAAUGGGUUCGAGGUUCCCCUGUGGAUCGGGUCGAGGGAGGUCCAGCAGUUUGUGUACAUGGACACUGCAAGCAGCCUGUUGUGGGUGAACUGCGAGCCGUGUGGGAUCUCUGUGCCGGGGCCCGUGUACGACCCCAAGUACUCCAUCUUCUACAAGGUGAAGAGCUGCCAAGGCAGAGAUGAAGAUGAUGUGUGUGACUUAUCGGGCGCCAUCAGGAUUGGUUGUGGAGGCAAGGAUGUGGGGUACGGGAGUGGGUACAGCCAGGGGAAUCUGGGUCGGGAAACAUUUAAGUUGGGCAAGGACCGAGGCGAGGUGAUCCAUGGCAUUGUUUUCGGGUGUGCACACCGCAGCAACCUGUUCAUGAACGGCAUCCUCGGGCUGGGCCAUGUCCCCAUCUCCUUCAUCUCACAGUACAAAGCUUCCAAGUUCUCCUACUGCAUCGGGGACUUGAGUGAUGGCACAUACGCAUACAACAUGCUGGCCAUCGGGGACAAGGUCUAGUUGUGGGGCGCAAAAACCUUCUUGUCAGUGGAGGACAAGUACUACAUCAACCUGGUGCACAUCGCCAUCGGGAAGACCUGGCUCAAGUUUGACAAACGUACAUUGCGCAGGAAUCCCUCGACCUACACGGGUGGUAUGGUGGUUGAUUCCGGUUCAACACUCAGCUUCAUCCCCCAGAAGCUCCUCACCCAAUUCGAGAUCACCACUAAGCGCGUUAUCGAGGAUGAGCUGCGCCUCCCCCUCCCCCCUGUCUACACCGUCAUCCACCAGCGCUACCCCAGGCUUUGCUAUCGCGGGGUUGUGGCCAAAGACCUCAAUCGCUUCCCAAUCGUCACCUUUCAUUUCCAGGACCUCGCCUACAUGCAGCUCACCCCGGAUAAUGUUUUCCAGCAGGUCGAAGACCAAAUCUUCUGCCUCGCCAUCCUGCCCUCCGAGAUCCUCAGCACCACCGUCAGCAUUCUCGGCAAUAUUAUGCAGCAAAAUUUCAACAUUUCUUAUGACCUUCAACUCAAGAAACUCGCAUUCAAGAGGAUGUCUUGUAAAAUUGUCGAGGAUUAUUAUGGUCAUGAUGAGUUGUGAAUGAUGCCGUUUCUUCACUAGUAACACUCAUAUCAUGUUAUAAUACAAUAAGAGUGAUCUGUUUGGUAGCAAAGUAAUAUGUAAAAGUGUGGCCCAAUAAACAUGUUUGGUUUCAUUUUCAACCUUCAAAUUUUGGAUUGUGUUCAAUUUCAGUCCAUCGAAGAAAAACACUCUCAAAAACCCCUUUUUCCCGACAACAUACCCCUCUCGACAAUCAUCCGGUGGAGUCGACGUAUCUUCAGGCGACACCUUCUUUCCGGCCAAAAUCCUCCAAAGGUAAGCUCCAACUUUUAUACAUAUGGCUAUUUGUUGCGAUUUUGCGCUCUCGCCAUCUACAUAGGGUUUGCAAAAAAAUAUAAAA